CCUAUGAUUGUUACCGUGAUACUACAGUUAUCACUUGUUCACAAAACAGAGCAGAGUACAAAGAAAAUACAAUUCCGAUGAAUGAAACAGAGCAUAACAUUCUGGUGGCUUUUCCAUCUCUGACAAAUAUAUGAAGCCACAAGCAUUUCAUGCUCUUGACCUCUUACCAUGGCAUAAAACUACAAACAACUUUAAGAACAUCACCAGAAUUCACUUACCACUAAACCAGAAAGAAACCAUUGCAGAGAAAUAAAGAUCAAGACUUGCAAAGAUGUUGGGCCAACUGACCUCGUUCCUCCCGAGUCUCUUCUUCCUCUGCACAAUGUUCCAGAGAAACCUUCCUCGCGACUUCCAGAACCACAUCGACAAGUUCCUCCACAAGUCCCUCUUCGCCUUCCUCUACCCGUACAUCCAGAUCACCUUCCACGAGUACUCCGACGACUUCUACUACCGCCGCAACACCGCCUACGCCGCCAUCGACAACUACCUCAGCUCCCAGUCCAUCCAGCAGUCCACAUCCUUGAAGGCCGACUCCUACAAGGGAAACAAGAACAAGCUGCUGUUAACCAUCGAAGACCACCAGGAGGUCUCCGACACCUUCGCCGGCGUCACCCUCGUCUGGUCCAAGGAGAGCUCAAAGCAGAAACACAGCUACUCCGGCAAGGACAAGGUCUACAAGCUGACGUUCAACAGAAAGCACAGGGAUCUCGUCACUGGCGCUUACCUGAAGCACGUCGUCGACGAAGGCAACGCCAUCUCGCAGCAACACAGGCAGAGGAAGCUUUACGCCAACGGGUCGAAGAAGUCGUAUACGGGUUCCAGUACGGCGUCGUGGAGCCAUAUUGUGUUCAAGCACCCGGCGUCGUUUGACACUCUGGCGAUUGAUCCGGCGAGGAAGAGGGAGAUCAUGGAUGAUUUGCUGGCAUUUAGCAAGUCGGAGGAGUACUAUGCGAGGAUUGGGAAGGCGUGGAAGAGGGGUUACCUUCUCUAUGGCCCGCCGGGGACAGGGAAGACCACCAUGAUUGCUGCUAUAGCGAACUUCUUGAGCUAUGAUAUCUAUGACCUGGAGCUGACUGCGGUGAAGGACAAUUCAGAUUUGAGGAAGCUACUGAUUGAGAUAUCGAGUAAGGCGGUUGUUGUUAUAGAGGAUAUUGACUGUUCGCUUGAGAUUACAGGUCAAAGAAAGAAGAAGAAGGCCAAGAAGAAGACUACCAAGAAGGGUGAGAGUGAAGAGGAGAAGAAAGAAGAUGAUGGUGGAAGUGGUGGUGAUGACAAGGAGUUGGAGAGUGGAGAUGAGACUGAGAGCAGCAGCAAUGUGACACUUUCUGGGUUGUUGAAUAUCAUUGAUGGGAUUUGGUCAGCUAGUGGAGGGGAGAGGGUUGUAAUAUUCACGACCAACCAUGUGGAGAAGCUGGAUGAGGCAUUGAUCAGGAAGGGAAGGAUGGACAAGCAUAUCGAGCUUUCUUACUGCGAUUUCGAAGGGUUUAAGGUGCUUGCUAAGAACUACCUUAGUAUUGAGACUCACCCGCUGUUUGAGGUCGUUCGAGGCCUGCUGGAGAAGACCAAGGUUAGCCCUGCUGAUGUAGCUGAGAGUCUAAUGCAGAAGGCUGUGGAAGAAGAUGCAGAGAUUUGCUUGAACAGGUUGAUUCGGGACCUCGAGAGUAAGACUGCCAAGGAAGGAGAACAGAGUAAGGAAGCAUAAGUGCAGAACAAGUGAAUGGAGCAGAGCAAGAAGAAAGGAAAGAUUGAAUGAAGGGAAAUAAUGGGUGGAUAAGUUUGGGUUAGUUGUUUGGAAUUUGAGGUUUCUUAUUAUGUUUAGCGUUAAUCAUGUGUCAGUGUUUUGGAACUACAAACUACAAAGAGACCUACUGGAUUGUUUAUUUAGGUUCUUCUAGUGAACUAAAAUUCCAUCAUUAUCUUCUUCGGCUAUGGCUGUUAAGCCUAAAAGGCAGGAAGGUAGUCAGUAGGAGAUUGUCAUAAAAUCAGUUUGCUUUUACAUAAAAAAAUCAUAAUAAUUAAAAUAAGUGUGU